GUAGAAAUCCAGUAAUAAGGACACCAGAGAGAAAUACUAUCAGUUCUUCUCCAUUAAGAGCUUUAACACCUUUUGUGGAUGCUAUCAAAUCAGCACAAACAAAGGCAACAAAGGACUUUGAGAGUUUUUAUGGAAGUCUAAUGUCUAAACUGACUCCAAAGACAUCAACAAGUCGUAUUAUCAAAAAGACACCAGAGACCACUGAACGCACAAAGUCAUUUCUUAAACAAAAGAAAAUUGAGCAAGAGUACAACAGAACUUCACUAACUCCCUUAUUCGAGAGACACACUUUAAGAGAAGACUAUCCCAGUCUCAACCCAUUUUAUGAAGAAACAGAGUCUGAAAUAACUGAUGAUCAAACAGAAUUGGACAACAAUAGCAUCAUGAGUAUAGACAAACCAUUUGAUAAAAGAAAAGAUAUCAAGUAUCCUUCUUUAUUGGAUUUAUUAAAGGAAGAAACAACAAGAAUUGAUAGAUUACAAUCAAAUAUUUCUGUUAUCAAAAGACAGUCUUCUUAUUUGGCAGAAGAAUAUUCUUUCUUUAAUGAUAAAGAAGAUGAACAGAUACCCUCUCACAAGAACAAUAAUGUUAAAAGUGACAAUGAAAACAAUAAUACAUAUACAACACCACAGACCACAUUCAGAAAUACAUAUUUAACGCCUCCGCAAUCAACAGAUAACAACAACAAUAAGAAAUCAGUCAACAACCAUCACAGUCCAGAUACAAAGAACUUAGACACAUCACGAUCUGUAAACAAGACCAAUACGACACCAAAUACAAAUGAUCUAUUUCAUGAAAUAUCUACCGCCAAACUGAAAUCUGCUGAGAUCAUUAGAACCCCAGGUGGAACCAGAGUCUGUAAUAGAUUUUGGAAAGAAAUACACGGAAUCAAUGCAAAGAGAGAAUCUAGCCUUUCACCUCAAUCACCUUCUAGAAUUGAAAAGCACAGCAAACCAAAGAGAAUGUCCACUUUACAGAGAAAGCUUUGGGAUGAAGAUGAUGAUGUCUUUUGGACAUCCAGUAGUGGCUCAUCUACUAACUCAUCUUCUCUUAAUGAAAGACUCUUGAAAGCAACUCAAAUGGGAGAACAACAAAAAGAAAGACAAGUGAAACAAAUUUCAUUAUCGGAAGAGAUCGAAUCUGCAACCAGAAGAGAACAAGUAGAACAACAAAAGAAGAGUAUACCAACCAUGAACCCACAAGUUCUUGAAGAAUUGAAAGCUAAAUACCGUGAAAAGCUGAUUGAUGACUCAGAUUCUUACAAGUUUUCAUAAUAAAUAAAAUUGUUUUGCUUUAUUAUCAUUCACUUAAUGACAUACGGCUUAAUCCACCACUUGCAUCCUGCAAGUUGAAGGAAGUAUCUACAGGCUUUUGUUGGUAGGAUCUACUAGCAGCAUUAGGAGAAGGAGAAGGACAAAAACUGGUAGGUGGACUUGAUAUGCCUGUCAGGAUAGGCGACCCUGAUAAAGAAACAGAAGGAGAAACUGCUCUACGCUUUAGACUAAAUGCUGGAUAAGGUUCAAAUCUAUCUUCUGAGGCUUAAGAA